GCGCGGGGACGGGGUCCUGGGGGUCCCAUCUCUGCCCAAGGCCCUUGCGCAGCGUGUGCACAGGCUCCAGCCUCGGAUAAAUGCGCCCCGAGUCUGCACGCAAAGUUUCCUUCUGGCUGGAGCGGGGAGGAGCUGCGGGUCCAUGGCGGAGGGAGGUGUCGGGUCUUGCCGCCCUCCCAGGUCUGGUCAGCAUGAAGCUUCUGUCUCUGGUGGCCCUGGUCAGCUAUUUGCUCGUGCCCCCAGCUCAGGCCAAUAAGAGUUCGGAAGAUAUCCGCUGCAAAUGCAUCUGCCCACCAUAUAGAAAUAUCAGUGGGCACAUCUACAACCGGAAUGUGUCACAGAAGGACUGCAACUGUCUGCACGUGGUGGAGCCCAUGCCAGUGCCUGGCCACGACGUGGAGGCCUACUGCCUGCUGUGUGAGUGCAAGUAUGAGGAGCGCAGCACCACCACCAUCAAGGUCAUCAUUGUCAUCUACCUGUCCGUGGUCGGGGCGCUCCUGCUCUACAUGGCCUUCCUCAUGCUGGUGGACCCGCUGAUCCGGAAGCCAGAUGCCUACACUGAGCAACUGCACAAUGAGGAAGAGAAUGAGGAUGCCCGCUCUGUGGCAGCCACCGCAGCCUCCCUUGGGGGCCCCCGUGCAAACACGGUGCUGGAGCGUGUGGAGGGCGCGCAGCAGCGCUGGAAGCUGCAGGUGCAGGAGCAGCGGAAGACUGUCUUCGAUCGGCACAAGAUGCUCAGCUAGACGGGCCAGCGGUGCCAGCUUCCCAGGCUGAACAGAGCCAGGGCCCCAGCUCCUCCCGACCCCACACCUUUCUCUUCUCAAAGCCACGACCUCUCCUCUCCACAUACCUGCCUCUGUCUGGAACUGUUGUGCUCAGCUGGCUGCACUGAGAAGGCUGGUGGGGGCUCCUGGCCCCCCCAUUUGCCCACUUGGGUCUUUGGGGCUGUGGGUAGCGGGCUUCAGAAUAGGGCUCAGUCUUCCCUGACUCCCCUCCAGUUGCAAACCCUGGCAUGUUCCUGGCCUCUGCCAGAAGCAGCAGGCCAUCAGGAACUCAGGGUGCGGGUGGAGAGUGGUGCACUACUCCGCACCUGUCUCCCCACCCCCUGCAAUUCUGCCAUCUUCUAGCCCAGCCCUUCUGGCUGCAGCUCUGAGGGAGGUGUGGGGCCAUGGAGCCCUGCUGUGGCCUCCAGGGAGCAGCAGCACACCUGUCCCUACCCCCCCACACCCUCCCUCCACUCACACCCAUACACCAUGCUCACCUUGCUGUCCAGCCCUCACCCACACCUAGCCCUCGGGUGACACCCCCCAGCACCCAUGUCUGCAGUUUCUGCAGUCAGUGGGACCACACGGCUCAGCGGCGGAGUAGUGGCAGCCAGUGCCAUAGCUCCUGUCCUUGAUCACCACUCGUCCCUGAGCUCCAGUGUCCCUCUGCAUGGAGAGAAAUGUUUGACCUUCCCUUGUCUGUAGAUCAAGGAAGUUAUCAUUAAACUGUCUUCUUUCUUAAUG